AUGAAGCCGGCCGCGGUGAAGCCCCCGGUAGCGCUGAAGGGGUGCCUGUCGGCCGGGUCCUCUCUGAAGAGCGCGGAGGGUCCAGCGACUGUGGUCCCGGAUUGGGUGGCGCCGCCAAAAGAGCUCCCUCCCGCCAACAUGCUCGGCGGCGAGUCCUCCAAGAAGACAGUGGGCCCCGGCGAGAAGACUGCCCGCGGGGUCGCUGCGAACGUCAUGAGUGUUUACGCCUAUGGGUUCGUCGGUCCCGCCAGGAUGCAAUUUUCCGGCGGGGGGCCCACCAGCGCUCUGACAAACCCUUUCCUCGCGUUGGGUUCUCACGCGUGGCCGGGAGCGAGGCAAAACCUCAACACCUUCCCCGCCAUAUUCGUGAAAGCAGUCGUCUCGGCGAGGUCGGAACUACACGCAGAGAUCCGCAACGCCAUCGCAGAAUUCCUCAUCCCUCUCAUGGAAGAGGAGGCAUCCACGAACAACCCGAUGACCGGCGCGGACCUCCUCCGUGGCGUCCGCGAGCGGAUAAUGGACGUCGACCCCGAGUCGGAGGAACUGACUGGCCUGAUGUUCCGCAUCAUGUGGCGCUUUACCAAGGCGCACCAAGCUUCCACCCGCAAGGUCCUCACCUUGGGGUACCUCUUGGGACCGGAGAGACUGAAGGAAGACUUCCUUGGACAGGUUGUCACUCCCGCAUUGCUGCACGCAGCUAACGACAUCGCGGCCCUUCCGGUCAACGAGAUCGGCACCCACGAGACAAUUGUCUGCAAGGUCAUUCGAAAGUCGAAAGCCUGGAUCAAGCUAUCUGCCGGCGGCAUUGGUUCCGCCAACGCCCGGGCCUUCCAGGAGAGCCUAUGGUACAACUUGUUCCAGUUCAUGACUGGACCGCGACGCUGCACGGCGGCGAUCCUUACCAUCCCCAGCUCCGACUUCCACAAGCCGGAGAUCAUGCGCUUCCUCGCCCGCUACUACGUCGAGAAAAACAGCCUCGUUGUGCCGGAGACCCGACGGCAGGCGUUUACGUCCAGGAUGAUGAUCUUGAAGCAUAUCUCAACGAAAUGUUUUAAUGUUUUGCGUGCGAGGGGCGGGGCCAUGGCCGUGGUGAUGGUACAUGGCAGGUGCCCAUGA